AUGAAUUUAAAUUUAUGUAAAGUAUGUGCGAAGGAUUUAAAAAGGAAUGGUGAUGAAAGCGACGUUCAAAACCCGUGGCAGUGCUGCUUGUGUUUCGGCAUAGUCGAUUCAGAUUUUGUCGACGGCGUCGUCGCCGAAGUUCGUUCUUUGCGUUUAAACCCCCUUCUUCGCCUUCGCUCGUUUUUAUUAAAUGUUUUGCGCGAUUUUCGGAGUGAUUUGCGCGGAGUGAAAAACGCUCCUCGCAAGCGGCUUAUAUUCUUUCUUUCGGUGCUUUUUCGUGAGGAACUCAUUGACUUUCAGGUGAGUAAGGAAUUCGAUAAGGCUCGCUAUGAUUCGAAUUCGUUUGUUUUGGCCCUAAAUUUGCCUAUAACGACCAUUUUGCGUAAUGCCAUAUUCGAUUUGAAUUAUCGAAGCGAAUGUCCAUCUUCUUCACCGUCUUUAAAAAUUCGGGCAAUCGCUUUAUAUCCGAAUCUUAAUUCUGAUUUAACAAUUACGCUGACCUUCAUCAAUGAUGAAUUCCACAAAUCUGAUAUAGAAUUUUUGAAAAAGAAUUUUCCUGGUGAUUUUUUGCCAGCAAGAAAAAGGCUUUGUUCGCAAGAAUUUCUGUCGACCGAAUCGACUUAUACAAAAGUACGUCUCCUUGGUGUCAUUCCACGCAGCUAUAUUAUGACUUCACCAACUCGCCCAUGUUCAUUUUUAAUCGCAUUUGAACGUGAGCCACUUAUAAUUGCCUCACGUUAUUGUAAAUUUUCAAGAAGUUUAUCCCAAAGUCGUUGGAAUUGCGCUGAAGGACCAUUUAAAAUCACCGUUAGUUCGGUAUAUAUAUAUUAUUUCUUUCAUUUUAUUUCAUUUUUUCCAAUUUUAUUUUUGGUUAAUGAAUUUUACAUAUAG